AUGCCCUCCGUCAAACAGACCCUCAUCCUGCUGCCGCUCCUGGGCCUGGCCGCCGCGGCGCCGACCAACCUUCCUCGCGAUGUGGGCAACACAGCAGACGGUGCUCCAUCAUCGGUUCUCGACGCGGUCGAUUACUACCCUGCUGGUGGAUCCGGGAACCAAGGUGCCGAGGCCAACAGAGUCAACGGUGCCAUCCAGCGGCGUUCACCUCAGUAUCAGAAGCGGGGCACCUUGACGGAUGGAUCCGAAUUGGUCGCAGAAACCACCGGAAGUACGCUGAAAUUCGUGGGUGACACUGGUGUAAAGGCUGUAAAGGCCGUUCCUUCCAUUUGGGAUACGUUUUGGUCCGCUCUCAAGGGCAAAAACUCCAAGAGGGACGUGUCCGGCGCUUCUGUCGACGCCGUGAGCACGCUGGGCAAGCGACGGUCUACGGUCACUCAGCAAGGCGAAUCUGCUGGCAUGGCUGUAACCAGCCCCACGGCAAAUGUUCCAUUGGCCUCCUCGAGCAACCCUAAGAUGGCCGAAGCCGAGGUUAGGAUGGCCAACGCCAAGGCCGGUUCCCAGGAGCGACAAAACGAGCUGCUCGGAGUGACUGCUAAGACUGGGGAAAUCGGCCUGAAGAGCUUGGAGCUGGGCAAUAAGCAGAAACAGUUUCAACUCGACAAGGAAAAGGCCCAAUGGAAGGCACAAAACACCCCGACAGGAGCCCUCAAACAGAGACUCACUAACUAUAUUGCGGGGUCCACACGCAACAUGGCAAAUACCAACCCACCCUUGUCCUCUCAGGGUGGGCUAAAUACCAACCCAUCCUUGUCCUCUCAGGGCGGGCUUGCUUCAGCUGCUCCUGGUUCAGUUGCGUCUGUCUCAGGCAUGCCUUCUACUGGGCGGAACCCUACGGCCGCUGCGGGUCCUGCUGAUACCCUUCAUGCUGAUGAGACUGGCGGCGCUAUUUACUGA